AUGGAUGCGCCAUGUCCUGAGGACGAGGGCAACACAGAGGCGGUGCCCACUCGUCUAGAACGUGCCCAGUCGAGCGAAAUGUUGCAACAAAAUAGUGACACCAGCCAAGCACCGACAAAACCCCACGCCGCGCAUGCCGGCCCUCUGGCCGCCCCUGCCGAGAAUGCCGACAUCGAUCCGCAAGCCCCAGCAGGGGCGGUAGAUCAAUGUGACCACGACCGCGACCACGACGACCACAAUGACAAUGAUGGCCACGACGAUGACCAUGACGACAAUGAUCCUGAAUACGAGGUGCUUCUCGAUGGCCACCCUAUUGUCCUGAACGUCCAACAACCCCUAGCGGAGCUCUCGCCCUCGGCAGCGCGCGAUGCCUUGAGACGCACAAAACGGGCCACCCCUUCGCCGAGCGGUCGGGGUGGUCGAGGGAGACGUGGUGGGCGACGACGCAGGCUCUCCAAGGCAUCCAGCUCUCGUCGAGGCCGCCUUCACGAAGAGCCGGAGGAAGAAAAAGCACCCCCACCUCCAACCGAGGCCGAGACCAUCACUCCCGUCCCGCACAAACCCAUGCCGCUGCCACCCGACGAUGAACCGUACAUCAAAUUCCGACCUUUGGGUCAUGACGAUUAUGACCGGCUCAUUGAAUACGACCUGGAUGAGCAAGAUCGACAAUGGCUUGCCUUGCUCAACGAUGGCACCCUGAGCAACACGCCCAAACCCAAGCGAGCCCGCCGCCUUGACCAAGCGACCAUGGAGCUACUGCUCGAUCGCUUUGAGAAGCACGUGCUGUAUCACGAUACUGAAGCCUCAGAUGGAGCUCCUGGCGUGAUGAGCGGAACCUCGACGCGUCCCCGUAGUGAAGCGCUGCAAGACGACAAUCCCGAUGAGGGCCUUUGCGCCGUGUGCAUGCAGGACGAGGUCACCAACAGCAACAGCAUUGUUUUCUGUGACAUUUGCAACGUCGGCGUCCACCAGGAAUGCUACGGCAUUUUACACAUUCCUGCCGGAGUCUGGCUGUGCCUCAAAUGUCGUGAUUCUCCCGGUGUAGAGGUGUCCUGUGCCCUCUGCAGCAUGCGGGGCGGCGCUUUCAUUCGGGUGCAAGGCUCCGACCAGUGGGUACACGUCGCUUGCGCUCGCUGGGUACCCGAGACGCAAUUUGGAAACGAUGUGGUACUAACCCACGUUGAAGACUUGGACAAAGUGCCAACAGAUCGCUUUCGUUUCCGAUGCUACAUCUGUGGCCAGCGCAACGGAGCUUGCAUCCAGUGCUCUCGCCGAAAUUGCUUUGAGGCCUUUCACGUAACCUGCGGGUGCCGCGCUCAUCUAACCAUGCGACUGGAGGCGGAUCGCCAACUUGGUGAAUCGGUACCGGCGUAUUACUGCCACCGCCACACACCAGGGGAUGUUGAAGAGCCACCCAUCGCCAUCGAGGACAUAGCCGAAGAAUCUCUGUUGGAGUUUCACCAUCAGCGGCAUAAUCAGAAGCCAACUUUCAAGUUGUACAUCUCUGAUCAGUCGGAGAAGGAAAUCAUUACCGAAGCUCAUCUUGAGCGGGAUCACGACUGCUACGAUGUGGCCAAGCGCUACUGGAUGAUGAAGCGUCACAUGCGCCAAGGCGCACCCCUCCUUCGCCGUUUGCAAGAUCUGGAGAAAGCGCGGCUUCUUGCUGAGCUCUUAGUACGGCGCGAGAAGCGUAAACGUGAGCUUGUGCAACUCGCGCGGGACAUUUGGGAGAUGCGGAUAAGUCCCAUGCAGGGCAUUUUCAAAACUGCUUGGCGAAACAUUUCGCGACGUGACAUCGAAGGCCAUUUCGCUAACCCAGUGGACUUGACACAGCUUCCCGACUAUGCUCGCAUCAUUUUUCAUCCGAUGGAUCUUCACACCAUGCAAGCCAAAGUCGAGGAAGGGGCUUAUCAAAGCUUGCAGGAAUUCGUGGACGAUGUCUGGCUCAUUGUUGAAAACUGCUUGACCUUCAACGAAGGGAUCGCUUCUUGGACCUCUUAUGCCGUUGACUUUUUAUGCAAGAGCCAAACUCAUUUGGAGCGUCUUGCCAUGGAACUUUACGAUGCGGGCAUCGACCUGAAGACGGGUGUCCUGACCAGGCGGUCUCUUUCCCUGCACCCGCCGAGUCCGUCAACCUCGUCGCCGCCGACACAAGUCACUGACUGCAAAGCAAGUCCCACUAGCUCUCAACAAGACGAACAAGCUGGGCCCACGAUGUUGGUACCGCCGCCGAGUCCAACCCUGGAUGUCGUGCAAGCGCUUGCACAAAAUCCAUGGUACACUGCUCAACGAGCCACAGGCAUGAACAAGCUCGCUCGUGAGCUGUUUGACCUUCGCGAAGCACGUAUCCGUCCACGCAAGGCUGCGGCAUAUGCUGCGCUUCGGCGGCGUUUAUCAACCGCGGACAUGCAAGAAGCCACAGCGCCGCCGCCGCAAGCCUGGGACUUUGUGUGGGCCCGCAUGCGCGGCUACCCGUGGUACCCGGCGAUGCUGGUGAAUUGGCAGACACCACGCGAUGAUCUCGCAGAGUGUGUGCCAUCGGAUGCCGUUUUGAAAUCGCAACCCUCCCAAGAUGAGAGCAGCCUUCUCGUGCGCUUUUUCGACAAGACGGGUUCCUGGGCAUGGGUGACCUCAGAGCAGGUUAUGCGCAUGUUUGCCAGUGCAUGGGUCGACGCUCAGAUGCUUUCUCAGACCUCAAAGCAUGCAAAAGAUGUGUUUGUACGUUCCCUUUUUGAAUAUGACAAGCCACCUCCCGUGUGCACUAACACUGCGCCUGCUCGUUGCGGUGCAGACGAGUUUUCAUACAGCCUUGAAGAAGCGACAAGAAUUGCAAACACCCAUCGCAAGCGCAGAGCCAACGACAGUCGCCAGUAUAGCAUUAGCAUAAUCGUUUCAGUGUGUGUGAGGGUGUGUGUGUGUGUGUGUGUGUGUGUGUGUGUGUGUGUGAUCGGCAACAUGACUUCGCGUCUGCGUCCGCGUCUGUGGCUGUGGCUGUGUCUAUGCGGUGAUUGUCUCUCUCUCUCUCUCUCUCUCUCUCUCUCUCUCUCUCUCUCUCUCUCUCUCUCUCUCUCUCUCUCUCUCUCUCUCUCUCUCUCUCUCUCUCUCGAUCUAUCUCUCUCUUGA